GCAGCACAAUCUAAAGACAAUUUCAAACAUUUUUAGUUCGUACCUACGCAGGUGUUCAGUGUGUGCUACAGCUCAAACGCUGUUGUUUUAUUAAUAAACUCAUCGCAAAAACAAUUGUAAUCCAAAUCGAUUUACCUCUAACGACUAAGUUAUGUUUAAAUAUCUGGGUUUUGAAAAUAUAUUUUAGCAUGUUCACUGAACACGUUAUGCAACUGAGAAAUAAGGCAAUUAAAACUAUUUGCCCAGGACCAGAACUAAUUAAAAAAUUAAUUUGAAAAAAAUCUAUGGGUUAAUAGAUGUCCUUCUCUAAAAUAUCACUCGUGUCCACGCCUGCCCCAUCCAUGCAACACGUUACUGUAAAUGCUUUUAGUAAACACUCAGGACUACAGUACCAGAUAUGCCGUUCCUUCUCAGCUGUUUGCUGGCUUCCAGAUGAAACAGGCUGAACACACUCAGUUUAAUCUGUAUGGAAAAGUGUUGUGAAGCUCUGUGACAUGGAUAUACACGCGGUGAUGUUAUUAUUCCUGCUUACAGAGAUCCGUUCAUCGUGCUGUCAUCGAGCUCUGCAGCCUUUUAUGCCAAAUGUAUGCUCGGAACAAGAGAAAAUCAUCACAGCUGAGAAACAGCCAUGUGUGCAGGCUUUUACACGUAUGGUGAAGGUUUGGAGGCAAGGAUGUACAGGUCAUGCUUGGUGUAUGGACUAUGAAAGGAGGACUGCCUACUACAUAGGCUACAGGCAGGUCUACAGACAUGAUUUUAAGACUACAAACAAAUGCUGUCCUGGAUGGUCCCAACUCAAUGCAGACACAGGCUGCCUCUAUCCUCUCUGCACUUACGGAGUCUGCUUUAAUGGGGGGGUGUGUACGGGGCGCAUGCAUCAACUGUGUGACUGCCCUGCAGGAUUCAAUGGAUCCAGCUGUCAGUAUGACAUUGAUGAGUGCCAGGUUCACAACGGGGGCUGCCAGCAUAGGUGUGUGAACACCAGAGGCUCGUUCUACUGCGAGUGCAACCCAGGGUUUCGUCUGCACGUUGAUGGCCGCACCUGCAUAGCUGUCCUAUCCUGUGCAGUGAAUAAUGGAGGCUGUGAGCAUGAAUGUGUCCAACUUUCUCCAGUUCACUUCCAGUGCCGCUGCAGACGUGGGUACCAGGUCACAGCUGAUGGAAAGCGCUGCAGACUGAGGAACCCAUGUGCGGAGAGGAACGGCGGCUGUGUGCACUUAUGUCGAAGUGAUGGCGGUCAUGCUGUGUGCAGCUGUCACCAAGGCUUCGCGCUGGGCCCGGACCAGAAGAGCUGUGAAGAUGUCGAUGAGUGUGAAACUGAAUUGGCGGCGUGUGCUCACAGUUGCCGGAACACUCCAGGCUCGUUCUCAUGCAUCUGCAAUCCAGGAUACGAGCUGGGCUCUGAUGGCAGGAAAUGCUACCGUAUUGAAAUAGAGAUUGUUAAUAGUUGUGACUCAGAUAACGGUGGCUGUUCACACCACUGUCAGCACGGCACACUUGGACCCGUCUGCAGCUGUAACCAGGGUUAUCAGCUCGCGGAGGACCUCAAAACCUGUUUGGAUCUGGAAGAAUGUGAGGAGGGAACUUCAUGCUGUGAGCAGGACUGCACAAACUACCCCGGAGGUUAUGAGUGCUACUGCAGGGCAGGAUACAGACUCAACGCUGAUGGAUGUGGAUGUGACGAUGUGGAUGAGUGUCUGUCUGAUAAUGGGGGCUGUGAGCACACAUGUCAGAACACAGCUGGCUCCUAUCACUGCUUCUGUGAGUUUGGAAACCGGCUUGCUGAAGACAGACACUCCUGUAUUCCGCUGGAGAGAACGGUUGAGGAAUUGUCCAGUCCAGUGGUGGCUGAGAGACCUCUCCUUCAUCUCACUCUCCUCCAGGACUACCCACAACCCCUGGAGCGCUAUCACGACUAUGAGGACGACGACGGCUUUGGAGAGCUGCGGGCUGAGAGCACCCUCUCUGAGAAAUUUGUGUGUUUGAAUGGGACAUUUGGCCACGACUGCAGCCUGACAUGUGACGACUGCUCUAACGGAGGACUGUGUAACAUGGACAGAGAUGGUUGUGACUGCCCAGAUGGUUGGACAGCAAUCAUUUGUAACCAAACCUGUCCAGAGGGAACAUUUGGUAGAAACUGUUCAUUCACUUGCAAGUGCAAAAACGGUGGCACCUGUGACCCGAUUAGUGGGAAGUGCCGCUGCCCACCUGGAGUCAGUGGAGACCUGUGCCAGGACGGCUGUCCGAAGGGACUAUAUGGAAAGCACUGCAACAAGAAAUGUAACUGUGCUAAUAACGGCCGCUGCCAUCGCACAUAUGGAGCCUGUCUGUGUGAUCCAGGACUCUAUGGCAGGUUUUGUCACCUUCCUUGCCCCAAGUGGUCGUAUGGAUCUGGCUGCUCAUUGGAGUGUCAAUGUGUGCAGAAGAACACGCUUGAGUGCCAUCGACGUCAUGGAACGUGUGUGUGCAAGCCUGGCUAUCAGGGCAAGACCUGCAACCUGGAGUGUGAUAGUGGAUAUUAUGGUCCAGGAUGUACAUCUAAAUGCCAGUGUCCAGCGGGAGUGUUUUGCCAUCACAUGACCGGGCAAUGUCAGCGUCAGUGCCCAGCCGGUCUGCACGGGGAUCACUGCGACCAAAAGUGUGCUGUGGGACAGUUUGGAGUUGGAUGUUCACAGUCUUGUGAUUGUAAUGGAGCUCCAUGCGACUCAGUGACUGGGAAGUGCCAUUGUCCUGCUGGGCAGACGGGACAACACUGUGAGAAAGAGUGUGAAGAGGGCCGCUGGGGGCUGGGAUGUGCAGAGCUAUGCCCUUCCUGUGAUAAUGGUGGAUUGUGUGAUCAGCAAAACGGCAGCUGUAUUUGUCCACCGGGAUACAUGGGAAAUCUCUGUCAGAAUGUCUGCCCAUUUGGGCACUUUGGGCUCAGCUGCCAGUUGCGCUGCACCUGUGAAAACAGCGGGCAUUGCCACCAUGUGACAGGUUUCUGUGUUUGUAAAGACGGCUGGACAGGACACAACUGUGCGAAAGUUUGUGAGGCGGGACGCUGGGGGCCAAACUGCGCCAACCAGUGUGACUGCAGGAGCAGCGUGGGCAGCUGUGACCCUGUGACUGGGCAGUGCCACUGUGAAGCGGGCUACACGGGACCACGCUGUGAUCAAAAGUGUCCAGAGGAUUUCUUCGGCCAGGGCUGCCGUCACAGAUGCCAGUGUGAGAAUGAAGCAGCGUGCGAGCAUGUGAGCGGUGCCUGUACUUGUUUACCAGGCUGGACUGGAACGUACUGUGAAAAACCCUGUCCUGAGGGUUUUCAUGGUUUUGAAUGCCAGCAGAAGUGCCAGUGCUUGAAUGGUGGUCGUUGUCACCCCGUGGCUGGAGACUGCCAGUGUCCAUCUGGUUGGGUCGGGCCUCUUUGCAACACCACAUGUGAAGCUGGCACCUAUGGCCCUGGCUGCCGUCAAACCUGCAACUGCCACAAUAAUGCCACCUGUGACCCUGCUGAUGGAAAAUGUGAGUGUGGAGCAGGAUGGACAGGGAACAGCUGUGAACAAGAGUGCCGAUCUAGUUUCUAUGGUGUGGGCUGCCACCAGCACUGUUUGUGCCAGAAUGGAGGGUCAUGUGAUCGAAUCAGCGGGCAAUGCACAUGUCUAAGUGGAUGGACUGGAGUGGCAUGUGAACUGGAAUGUUCUCUUGGAAACUUUGGCAUCGACUGUCAACGCAAGUGUGAGUGUGAGAAUGGCGGCGUGUGUGAUCGACAGAAUGGCAGGUGCUCCUGUCCAGCAGGCUGGAUGGGCUCAAGCUGUGAGACAGCAUGUACUCAAGGUUUAUACGGUCCAGGCUGUAAACAGCAGUGUACGUGCGAUCACAACGCCCCAUGUCACCACAUCACUGGCACCUGCAUCUGUCCUGCAGGCUGGAGAGGGUUGCACUGCGAGAAAAUUUGUUUGCCUGGUUCAUAUGGGAAGCGAUGCGCUCAGCGAUGCCACUGUCUUCGCAGCACUUCCUGUAACCAUGUGACCGGGGAGUGUGGCUGCCCACCUGGAUAUACUGGUAACGGCUGCGAGCGAAUGUGUCAGUCAGGUACGUUCGGACUGAACUGUAAUAAGGUGUGCCAGUGCUCCGAGGUUAAUCAGCUCUGUCACCCUGUCACUGGUGUCUGCUACUGUGCUCCAGGAUAUCAAGGCAGCAAGUGCGAUACAGAGUGUGCGGUAGGCCGUUAUGGUCCCAACUGCGAGCAGGAGUGCCAGUGUCUGAAUAACGGAGUGUGCAAGACCAGCACUGGCACCUGCACCUGCCCACCGGGAUACAUUGGACCAAACUGCAAUAUCACCUGUCCAUCAGGGCGUUACGGGCAGGACUGUGCACGAGUGGCUUUGUGUGGUGAAGGGGCCCGGAGCGAUCCGGUCACAGGCAGAUGCGUGUGCAAAGCAGGCCAGCGAGGGGAAGACUGUGGCAAAGGUUGUCCUAAGGGCUGGUUUGGGGAGGACUGUGCUCAGCGCUGUAACUGCAGUAAUGGAGGACUGUGUGACGCGGUCACAGGAAACUGCACCUGUGGGCUGGGCUGGACAGGAGACAGCUGUGAUAGAGAGUGUCCCAGAGGCCGAUAUGGGGCCAACUGCAGGGAAAUGUGUGAUUGUAAAAAUAACAGCACCUGUGACAGAGUGACGGGCGAGUGUCACUGUCCUCCUGGGUACUACGGUCAUCUCUGCGAGCAUGCAUGCCCUGUUGGUUUCCAUGGACAUCGCUGCCAGCUUUUGUGUGACUGCCGUGCCAAUGCACCUUGUGACCCUGGAACUGGCCGCUGUCUCUGUCCUCCAGGAUAUCAAGGACUCCGCUGUGAUAGAGAAUGUGAUCCAGGUCAAUUUGGGCCUAAUUGUGUCCACAAAUGUGACUGUGACGGAGACACACCAUGCGACCCUGUCAGUGGCAGGUGUCUGUGUGCACCUGGGAAAAUGGGCUCUCGCUGUGAUAUAGACUGUGGAGUGAAUCAGUUUGGGCCUGACUGCUCAGAGAGAUGUGAAUGCCUCAACGGAGGUCAGUGCAAUCCACGCAAUGGACGCUGCUCCUGUCUCAAUGGUUGGGUCGGACCGAGCUGUCGAGAGGGGCUCACGUCUAGUCAGAAUACUAGCAGAAGCAAAAGGAAGGACUCGUCAGUAUAGCAAUCCCACUCAGUUCAGUAACAGACACGAAGAGUUUCACUGACUGUAAACUGACCUGCUUGAAUUUGUGAGUGGGCUUCUGGCUAAAAUUAAAGCCUUGUAGCAGGUUUUUUAUAUCUUUGAACACAAAGGUCCGCCAAACCAUCAGAUGACUCUGACGAGGACAAACUCUUGUGGCAGUUAAGCUGGAGACUUCCAUUACUUAGUCAAUAAAUGAUACACUUUCUCAAGGAAAAGUGGACAACAUGAAGUCCAACGUGAAGGAGAAGACUAUUCAUAUCGAAGUUCCUCCUGGAUGAGGACGAAUUCAAAGGAGUUUUUUCAGCAUCAGUUCUGCUCAGGGAGAUUGAACUUCCUGAUGACUUCAGUUGAUCUCUAAUCAAGAAAAGCACCAAAUCAAGGCCUUGGCUUCACCCAGUGCCAAAGUGAUCGGAAAACAAGGGCCUUAAAGGGACAGUGCACCCAAAAAUCAAACUUCUGUUGUCAUUUAUUUAACCUCAUAUUUUAUGGUUUGGUAUCCAUUUAACCCCAGGUUUUGUCUUGAGUGAGAAUUUUUGGAAUACUUUUUUUAAUGGUAUCUUGCAUCAUUCAUAAUGAAUAUUUUAAGUAAUAAUUUCUUUAAGAAUUUAGGUAGACUGUUGCACAAAUAUGAGCAAAUGUGUUACUUCGGUGUAUAAUAUUUCGGUGUUGACAUAUUGUCCGUAUUUCAAAAUAUUUCAAGUAAUACAAAAAUAUGAAACUGGAGUUUUUUGUUUUGUUUUGUUUUUUAACCUGUGUACAUACUGUAUGAAUGUAAGUGUUCAUAUGUGAAUUCUUGUGUACAAUUUUAUUUUAAAGAAAACUGUACUGUAAACCUUAUACUCACUAUGAUUUCUGUUAUACUGAACCAGUGUUUUGUCAUUUUAGAGUUUUUGCUACAGAUUUAUUUUUGUACAGUACCAUCUCUACAUAAUACAUUUGUAAAGUGUGAUUUGCAUUCUCAAUGAACUCAAAGAAAAUGUAUAUUUCAAUACUUCUGCAGCUAAGCCAGGGCCAAAGAUAGUACUUAAAACCUUGUUUUCUCAGCAACCAUGGCAAACAUGGUUGAUGCCUUUUCUUUGUUUUGUAAUGGUUGAUUUUCUGGAAGCUUACAAAUGUUUUAUUCAUGGUUAAAUGUCUCUAAGGGGUGUAGAAAUAGGCAUUGCAUUUUUAAAGAAUGUUUUUGAUAACAGCAGUUAAAUAAUUGAGAUAUUUCAUAUGCUGUUACGUGUGCACUCUUUAGGUGUUUAAUGGGCAGAAAUAAUCACAAGAACAUUGACAUUACUUUGCAAUUUGCACAUGAUUGAACUAGAAUUCUUUAGAUUGACCAAAAAAGGGGGGAAAACAUUGUACUGGUACUUUUUCCUUCUUCUAAUCAGUUUUCCAGAACAAAAUACUCUGUUUUAAUAAAAAUAAUAAAUUCUUGGCACCCAGUAAUGUUCUGAAUAAUUUUCAAAAAUUAUAUAUAAAUAAAUCAUGUGUAAAAUUUGUUGUGCA